AUGACGGGGGUCUUUGACAGCCUCGCCUCAGAUAUGCAUUCCAACCAGAUUACCUCCAGCAGUUACCAUCACCAGCAGCAGCAGCAACAACACCACCACAGCUUACACAAACCCCAGGAGUCUCCCACGUUGCCUGUGUCCACCGCCACGGACAGCAGCUACUACACCAACCAGCAACAGCACCACGGAGGAGGAGGAGGAGGAGGAAGCGCCGGGAGCAACGCGGGCAGCGGGUCCCCGUACGCGCAGAUGGGCUCCUACCAGUACCACCCGAGCGGGAUCAGCGCGGUGCCUUACUCCACCAAAGCCGGCAGCUACGACCUGGGGUACUCGGCCUCUUACAGCUCCUAUGCAGCCUACGGGGCAAGGACGUCCCCGGUCAGCAACGAUCCUGGUAAGAACCAACUCCUUCCAGGAAGGUUGAGGGGGCGGUGGAAAAUUUGCUUGGGAAAGUGUGGCGCCCUGCGCUGACUUCUCCGCCGGACACACGCAGAAGAGGAGCAGCACGUGGUUGGUUAAUAAUAAUAAUAAUAAUAAUAAUAAUAAUAAUAAUAAUAAACUGGUUGGGUUGGAAGGUAUCCUGGCAGUAGGAGCGCUCUUUCUCUCUCUUCGUUGCGCGCCUGCUCUCUCCAAGGUUAGACGAGUGCGGGAAGCCAUGCUGAACAUAGCUGCUUGUGGGAGGCGAAGCUAUAAUGACCCGCCACCCAGGAGAGGUUGGCAUGUGGCGCUGGUGGGUGAUGCCGCUGGGGGUGCCUCGUUAUUCACGGUGCUUUCCCUUCCCUUGCAGCCGAGAAAGAAGAAGGCGAGCCCGAGAUACGGAUAGUCAACGGCAAACCCAAGAAAGUGCGCAAGCCCAGGACGAUCUACUCCAGCUUCCAGCUGGCGGCUCUGCAGCGGCGCUUCCAGAAGACCCAGUAUCUGGCCCUGCCCGAGAGAGCCGAGCUGGCGGCAUCCCUAGGCCUCACGCAAACUCAGGUAAGGAAAGAAGGCUCAGAAGCGGCUUGCACUCCGACUCCACGUUGGCUAGUUUAUUGCAUAGCGACUAUUCCAGCCGUUUUUUGCUAGCGGCAGUCCGGAAGGUGUUUUUUUCAGAGGAGGUUCAUCCAUGCAGAAGUGCCCACCCUCUUAUUGUUGUUGGUAGUGUUGCCCUUCGUGAACGCAGAAAAGCGGGUGGCCUGUACAAUAUAGACCACCUGUAGCCGCGCAGCCUUGCUCAGACAGACCACGCUUGGGCGGUGCGGCAGAAGCUUCAACAUGCGAAAUAAUUCUGUUUCAAACGUAUGUGUGGGAUCUUGACACAGUUAAACAUUUUUCAGCCCCGUCGAUCGCAGUGGGGGAAGAUUUAAGCAUGUCUUUGUUUCCAGUGGAAGAAUUAAUGUGACUUGAACGGGAUCAUAGGGCAGAAUCCUCCUUUCUGCAGCACAGAGUUUAGGAGCGCAUUGAUUAAGUGCGCCUCUUUGCUUCUGGGUUUAGCUGUUAGCCUCUCUGUCUCCAACACACUCAUUUCACGAAGUAUCCUGUUUCAUUGUACACGCGGAAGAAAAGUCACCCUUCCCCCCCUCUCUUUAGCUGGCAUCUUUCAGUAAGCAAAGUUAUUCAGCGUUAUUUAAACCUCCUUUCGAUCUGGAUAAGCAACGCAGUGCUAAGAGCACACCGAGCCUCACUUUCUCAAAGGCUGUUAGUGCACAUUUAAGAAAGGAAGACACAGUAUCUGGAGACCGGGCGGGAAUGAAACUAGGGGAAACAAAAUAAUGCCAUUUUAAAAGGCAUCUAACAUACUUGGGGGGGGGACUUCUGAGAACGGCUCAAAUCAGAAAUCCCUACCUGUAAACGCACACAUCAGGAGGGACACACACACACACACACGAGACAACAUCUGUGGUUACAAAGACCAACACAACACAAGUGUCCCUCUUCUCACACGCGCAGCCUGAAAACUCAGCAAAACCCAGUAAAACUGUUUAGCCUGUUAUUUAAAAACCGCUCUCUCCCUCCCACGUUGCCAAACCAAACCUCACACCGAAACAGUCGGUUGAUUUGCUCGUUUUCCUAGCAGUCUGCGAUAGGGGGAAUCCGCCAGCCUGCUUUUGGAGACAGCGGUCUCCUUUUCUUCUCUCUGUGAGGGGUCUGCUUUGGGAGAAGGGCUCCUCCAGUUAAAUUAAACAAGGGGUGGGUGUGGGUGUGUGUGUGUGUGUGUGUGUGUGUGUGUGUUUUGGGGAAACUUGAAGGGAAUUGUUGAAGGGGAGAUUGAAAUAUUGCUCUCUGGUGACCGCAAAAAUUUGGUGAGAGGGGCCUCUCUCACACUCUCGUCUCUCUUCCUGCUCCUCCUCCCUUUGUCCAGGUGAAGAUCUGGUUCCAGAACCGCCGUUCCAAGUUCAAGAAGAUGUGGAAAAGCGGCGAGAUCCCCGCCGACCAGCACCCGGGCGGCAGCAGCUCCCCGCCUUGCUCGGCGGCGUCUCCGGCGUCCACCACGCUAGCCUGGGACUUCGCGCCGCACCCGCAGCGGAUGAGCAGCGGGGGCGGAGGCGGCGGGAGUAGCGCUGGAUCCAGCCCCGGCGCCCCGGGCGCGACGGCUGCUUUCCUGGGCAACUACUCGUGGUACCACCAGGCGUCGAGCGCCGCUGCUUCCCACUUGCAAGCCGCCUCCCCGAUCCUGCAGCAAGCGCAGCCUCACCAACACCACCCGCACCUCCACCACCACCACCACCACGGCGCUGCCGUCAGCGCAGGGACGAUUUUCUAA